AUGCCAGGAAAGGAGCUGGGCACGCUGCAAUUUACAUGUUCCCUGGAAGAGGUUGACCUGGAUGAUAUCACUAAGAAUCAAACCAACACGAUAAAAGCUUGUCUCUCUAAGGAACCUGGGCCUGGAAACUGUCCAGCACUGGAAAGAUCUACUUUGGAUGAGGGAAAAUGCCUGCAGGCAAUAUAUGAGGAUCUGAGUGCCUACAGGGCAGAGCUGAGGAACCUCAACGAUCAAAAGCUGCUGGCAGCUAUUGAUAACAUGAUGGAAGGUGGCAGCAGGAGCAGGGGGCAGCCUGAGGAGGGCAGGGCUCCCACCUUGCCCAUGGCAGAGCAGGUGAGGCUCUGCAUCCUCCUCCAGACCUUCCGCACCCGCGCCCUCAGCAUCACCCGCCUGAUGGGCUUCCUCUGCUCCCCUGGGAGCUCCCUCUGA